AUGACCAGUUUUGAACAAGUUUCGAGAAAUAUGGCUAAAAGUAUGGAAAUAUGUUUUGUUGACGAUGAUACAGCCACGAAUUUCCUUCUUCAUAACGACUGGAAUUUAGAGUCUGCUGUACAGCAUUUCUUUCAUGGUGAAGGAAAUUUGGAUUCCGAGGAAAACCAAAAUAUAACAAAUAAUGAUCAGGAACUUCGAAGGCGAGUUUUCUCAUCGAAUGGACCAACAGUUUCCAGCUCAUCAUCACAAAGCGAUUUUUCUACGACUUCUGUGCGUCUACCUCUUCGAAAAAUAUCGCCACGUCCUUUGUCUUGGUUCGAAUGGGUAGCAAAAUUUAUCUCAUUGCCGCUAACUUUUGCCUAUCACACUUUAUUCGAUAUUAUAAUGUUUGUUUAUUCAUUAUUUCGAGCACGGCCACUUGCUGUGGCUGAUCCUCGUGGGGAUGUGUUUAAAUUCAUUAGCGAUUUUAAAGAAUGUUACGGAGAAGCAGCUACAGCUAUCAACUUUCAUGCAUCAUCAUAUAAUGAGGCCUUGGCAGAAUGUAAAAAAAGCUUAAGAUUUAUGCUGGUAUAUCUUCAUAACGCAUCACAUCAGUCGUCCGAACGGUUUGUGCGUGAGAUUUUACUCAAUGACCGCAUGAAUCAUUUUAUUCAGAGAAAUCAGAUUCUCUUGUGGGGUGCAUCAGUGCAGAGUCAGGAAGGAUAUAAAGUGUCCAUGGCUCUUCGCGAGAAUACCUAUCCUUUUCUUGGCUUGCUUUGUAUGCGUGAUAAUCGUAUGGUCAUAGUUCUAAGACUGGAAGGAGACUAUGAAUUGGAACCUAUGCUUUAUGUUCUUCAGCUUGCUAUUGAUGAGAAUCGUGUUUAUCUGGAAGCAAUACGAAACGAACGCAAUCAAAGGGAAGCUGAUAUGCGUAUUAGACGAGAACAAGAAAUGGACUAUGAACGUUGUUUAGCUGAAGAUCGCGCUAAGUUGAAUGAAAAACGUCGUGUAGAAAACGAGAAGCUAUUAGCAGAAAAACUGGAAGCUGAGCAGAAAUUACUUGAAGAACGUAAAAAACAGCAAUUUGAAUCGAAAAGAGCGGAAAUAAUCAGAAAUUUGCCACAACAACCGGAAAAUUCAGGCAGUAUUCGUGUCAGUGUUCGUUUUCCUUGCGGGGAUCGUUUUGAACGAAAAUUUAAUUUGGAUGAUAGCAUUGAAUUGUUGUUUAAUGCGACUCUUGCGCACGAAAAGUGCCCAUCAAAUUUUUCUCUUUUAUCAAGUUAUCCACGUCGUCAGUUGAAUUGUGCACCAGAAUGGUAUCGAGAAUAUGGUACUGUUCACGAUCCUUCAAAUAUUCCCACAUUUCGUGAAUGUGGAUUUGAUACAUCUAUAAUGGUUCUUGUGCAGAAUAACGAUGCUUAA